UCGAAUCCACAUCAACAAACAAACCGGCGGAACUCAUGUUCUCAGGGUUCCUGCUAGCUCGCUGGCUAGUUGCAUCGGGCAAACCUAACCUUACCAUUUGAGACGGCUUCUCCCUGCGAGACGAAUUUCAGACUUACUAUAGUAACGUCGUGCCAUAUUGUUUAGCCGAAAGACUGCAAAAUGGUUGUACUUAACAGUAACAACAGCAGCAAUGAAGAACAAGAUGUAAUCUUGAUAGAAGAGCACAGCUCAUCCUUGCCCAGCUCACCUGACAAACGAAUCUCUCCAGCCAAAAAGAAGCAGUACUUUAUAAGGCAGGCCGUUCGCAACUCUGACCUCACGCCCAGAGCCAAGGGCAAAAAAAGCCAGAGGAGACAAGAGAACACUCGUUACCUGGCUAAUCUUCUGGAGCGGGAUGAGUGCUCCAAAGACGAGGCUGAGGCAUGUGAGACAGCCUCACCCACAGUCUUCACUGAGGCUUGCACCAAUGAAAACCUUGUGGAGUAUUGGAGUGACUUCAUGAACCACUCAGGAGAGGAGCAGGAGAAACUCCUAGCCCUGCUGGAGGAGGAGGCGAGGAGGCACAACUCUAGAAAGGCCCCCAAAGAUCAGAGAGAAGUGAACCCUGCCUACACUGCUCAGGAAUGCUUCCGAAGGAUUGACCGGAGGCUGCGUGCAACAUUGAAACGAAAGCGUAUUCCCAUAGUGACUCUGGAGAUUCUGGAGACUGACCUACUAACCUUUUUUGGGGCUACACCUCACUCUAUCUAUGUCACCAAACUUGGCAGCAGUUUUGAGAGGCUGCUGCUUCAUGCUGUCUGCCAGUAUAUGGACCUUGUUUCAGCCAGCUAUGAUUGUAAUGGUGCUCGGCAGACAAGGGUCAUCAACAAACGGGAGGAGUUUCUGCCCCCCUGCCCGCUGCUCUCAGCCUAUGUGGAACAGAUGAGCUGAAAAGACUGCCACCUUCUAGCCCUGCCACAUAAACUGGCCAGUAUGAGUUCUAGAAGCAGCUUUAAGUAAACAGGCUUGUAAGCCUACUGUCUGCCAAUUAUGUUAGAAAGCCUUUGUUUAUGAGAGUGAGAGUGGGCCACCAUGUUCUUUAGUAGACUCCUGCACUAGCUACCUAAAUGGUCAGUUGUACUGGAAACCUUUGACUCAGUGUAAUUUUAAUUUGUUUGAUAACGCACAAAUUCUAUAUGGUCCACAUUGAUAUUCAAGGCAGUUGUAUUGUUUUGUCACAAAAGGCUUUUAUAGGUGCUAUCAGUGAAUUUAUCUCUUGCCACAUCUUUGCUACUAAAUAGAAACCUGCCUAAAAAUAUUAUAACAUGAUACUGAUUCGAUUUUUGUGAUACCACUAAAAGUGCUACUAAGUUUUAUGUGGUAGUUUUUGUCCACAUUGAUUAGGUACAAGAUGAAGCAUGUUUUGUACAUUCUUUACCAUACUUUUUGAUUUUGGAAUAGAUAUGGGUUACUCUGAUCUAGAUAAAUCUUCUCCGUAUGUGUCAUGUAAAUAUGUUGUAUGAAUAGAUCAGUUUAGCCAGAGCCGUGUAGAGAGAGUUGUGUCAACGGAAGUUCAAAAUUCUUGAUGAUCACAUGAUUCACGUAGACUUCAGAUAGUUCCAGUAAGUUCUUUGCGGGCAAUUUAAACCCAUAAACACAGAGUGACAGAGCUGAAAUGAGCACUGAACUAUAAGCUGCACUUAUUUUAUUUAUUGUAUUGUAUCUUAUUGUUAUUGUAUUGCAUUGAAUGGCACAGAGUUCUGCGUUCAACUCUUUCUUUUUCUCUUGGUGU